UUGUGAAUGUAGAGUUGAAAAAAAAAAACAACUGAUUACUAGCCAGUUUUAACAUUUGUGUAAAAUGAUAAAUAUAAGGGCUUGUUUUUCAAGAAAUAGUGUUUUUAGGAAAUUGCAGUUAUUUGACUCACAUGCUCCUAUUUCCUGUAGUUUAUUUUCUGAUUAUCGACCUUACCACCGAGAAAUUAGUGAGAAAGUUGAAGAUCGUUUUAGAAAAGAAGACUCUGUUGAUAAAGAUUACUAUGUGGUUUACCGCGCUCCAUAUGUUAAUUAUUUAAGGUUUACUUAUGCAUUUACAAGCAUUUCUACUUCAAUAGUUGUUCCCAUUGUUGGUUCAACAUUAGUGACUGGUGGCAUUGGAAAUUAUCCUGUUAUGCUGGGUGAUGUAACAAUAUUAAAUGAUUCAAUUGAGUUCACUGCAUUAAUUGGUGUAAUUAUUUUAGUUAUUGGACAGAUAAGUUAUGUUGUAUUUAAGUUUCCAUUCAGGAUUUAUCGUAAUGCCUCUAAUGGCAAAUACCUCGCUAUUUAUCAGCACCUAUUUCCUUGGAAAAGACACAAAGAAGAAUUUUGUCCUGGGGAAGUUAAGAAGGUUGUUAAAGGUUAUUCAAUUUGGAAGGAGUGUUUGUAUGAGAUUAACAACAAAAAAACAAUUUUAUUACAGGACCAUUUUUAUUUACCUCAAGAUUUUAAUGAUAUGUUUCCCUCAAAUGAUCAAAAAGGUGAAUAGUUUUAUCAAUACAGUUAAUUAAUGCAGUACAUGAUUUGUAUUUGAUUUAUUAUUAUAAUCCAGUUUAUCAAGUAAUUUUUUUUUAUAUACUGUAACGGGGCACUACUUGGACCCAAGGUCUAUAAAAUUACUAGGUUUAUUGAGAAGAAAUGUGGUGGAGAGGAAUCGAGGUCUGGGGUAUUGACUGCUUUCCUUAAAAUGAAGAAAUCAUUGGGCAGGAGGUCAUCAUCUCGUAAUCCUGUUAGGAUGAUGACUUUCACUGAAUUUGAAAGUGCUAAGAAAGAUAAAAAAUCAAGUAUUCCUGUAAGACGUGCUCAUUCAGUGGAAAGGAAAAUUGGUAUGGCAACUCCUGUAGGUAAGAGAUCCUGUAGUGAAGAUCGUAAUAGUAUGGUAACGCCAGCUACAUCCCGCAAAACAUUUGGAACUGAGAGACCAUCAAGAACUACUACCAUGAGUACAAACUCUACUAGACUUAGCAGUUUUGGUGGAGCAAGAACUAUGAGAGAUUGCCGUACCAUUGAGGACAAAGAUUGGCAAAUAAAUGCCCAAAGAAAAAUUGAAAAGUUUUUGAUCGAAGAUCCUGAAGGUUGUUCAAUAUUAAGUAAUGGCAGUAUACGCCCCCUUACUUUGAAAUUGUUUAUUGAUGUUGUUGAUUUAUUACUGAGACGCAUCAUCAAUGCUGGACAAGAUUCAUAUAUUAACAAAACAAAUUAUAUUACAGAACUUCCAUAUAUCAUGAAAAAAUUGAUGUAUAGAGGAAAAAUUGAGAAAUCGUGGCUUAUAUCAGUGAACACCACUCGAUCCUGGUGUCAUGCUCUUGCAUGUAUGGAUUUCUUAGUUUCUAUGAUCAGUACUCAAAUGGUGGUUGAUCCAACUUCUCUUAUGUAUCCUGAAACUUCUUGUAAAGAAGACGGUGAUAUUUGGGAUUACAAGCUUUUGCUUCCAUAUGCUCAAGAGUCAUAUGAACUGUUCACAUCUUGCACCACAAAUUAUGAUGAACUACAGGCAGCCUUGGAUCAAAGAUUUGUAGAGAUGCACAUAUCUAAUGAUGUAUACCACCAUAUAAAUGAACUUAAUGAGGAAAUUCAGAAAAUUGAAUUACAGUGUGAAGAAUAUAAAGCUCGAAUACAGAAUGAGAAACCAGCCCUACAUGAACUUGGUAUGACUUAUAAUAAUCUAAAAGACACAAGGGCGCAGGAUGAAAAUAAACGAAGGAAUCUUGCUAUUGUUGAAGAAGAUCUAAAAAUUAAAGUUAAAAAAAAGGAAAAAGAGUGCAAUGCAUUACGUGAGACUUUAUUAAAAAAACAACAGGAAAAGUAUGAAAUUGAAUCUGCUGUUUCUUCCCAAGAAAUUUCUCCUCAAGAAAUUGAAAAACUUAAACAGAGAAGAGAUUCUCUUCAAAGAGAAAUUGAAGCUGAACAGAAGUAUUUGAACACAUACAAUGAACUUGUCAUGAAAAGUAGCAUGGAAGUCCUUGCUCUAAAAAAGAAAAAUGCUGGAUUAAUUCAAGAUUUCAAUAUUUCGAUAUUAAAUCACUUGUCAUUUGGUCUUGAAAAUGUUCCACUUACUGGUAAAAUGGAUAGUGAUGAUGAGAAAACAUUGAAUACAAUUGAAAAAGCUAUCAUUGCUGCUAAAAACACUUUACAAAUGGCCACUGGAUUUUGCUCUGAUGCUUCUAUUCCUAAGGCUCGAGAAGAACUGGAUGUAAUUGAACAACAAAUUGUCGAGGAGAGAAAUAAAUUCUCUUUAAUUAUUGAAAAACUAAAAACAGUCAUUAUUGAGAAAGAGGAGGUGACUAAAAGAUUGAAAAAUGAAGAGGAAUCUAUUAAUAAGAACAUUCUUGAAUUAGGAAGUGACACAAUGGAAGAAACAUUAAUAGAAGAGAGAAAAAUUAGAGCAAAGAAGAUGAGAGAACAGUUAGACAUGUUUCGGCAAAAUUCUGUCUAUUAUCUGCAGAAAUGUGAACAAUAUUUCAGUGAACAUGAGAAAAAAAUGAAGGCCUUGACUGAACGAUAUAAGCUACUGGAAAAAGAAUACAAGAAAUAACUUCCCAUUAUAAUUGAAUUUUUUUAUAUGUAUAAAAUAAGAUUUUAUCUACUUUACGCUUAUUUAAUUGUUAUUUCAAAUAAACAAAUUUAUUCUACAAAUGAGUGGGUAUGGGUUAAGAAACAUUUGUUUGCUCCUGCACUCCUAUCUUAAGAGACAUAAUUCAACAGAGAAGUAAUUUUAAUAUUUAUUUCAUUGAUCAUUAAUAUUUAUUUACUUAUUGGUUAUAUGUAUGAAAUAAUUCCACUUCAUUAUCAAUGCAAUGAAAGGUUCUUUCAGGCAGUUUUGAUUAAUAACAACAAAAAAUAAAUGUAAUAAUUUGUUUGAUCUUGUAUUUAAUAAAUACAUAUGUAACUGACAUUUUUUAACAAUCUAUGUGAUUAACACUUGUUGUCAUAUAAAUAUAACCUUGACACUGGAUAAACCCAGAUUUUGUCUGCUGCUUCGGUUUUUUAUGGAUGUUUUUUAAAAUAUAUAGUUGUUGAAAGAAAUGGUGUGUGAAGAAAAGACAUAUAAAUUUAAUUCAAUAGACGGAUGGGAAAAACAUACGGUAAUCAAUUGUUAUUAUAAAUACAAGUUGUCUUGUCUAGUUUUACUAUAAC